UGCCUCGCCGUGUGGUGGGGGGGCGGGGGGGGGGCGGUGCAAAAUUUCUACCCUAAACACUUCAACAUUCCUUUCAGAUCGUGUUUCACAAAAGUUCAUUUUUUACUAGUAAGCCUUUAUUUUCAUAGUAUUACAACGUAGAACAAUAUCAUUCUAUUUAUUUAGAUAAAAGGUGACUUCACUCAUAUAAUAAAUGUUUUUCUUAUCUCGCACUUUCUUUUUAUUAUUAACAAACGUCAAAAUACUAACCGUAUACUAUCAUCACAUUAAACAAUGGCAAGUUAUUCAGCAAUAUCAAAAUUCACUGUCAGAACAGCAGUUGAACAAACAAAUUCUCCAGGUAAGAAAUAAAUUUUAUUGAACAUAACACCUAAUAAAUUUUAUAUUGUUAAGACGAUCUAAAAAGUUUAUUUGUCGUGCAUGAUACAAUUGUAAAAACUUCAUGAGAAAAAAAACCUCUAUACAUCUUUGUCAAUAUUAUAGCAUUGACGAGGAAAUUGUAAUCCAACGUUUGAACUCAUAUUGGAUAUGCAAGAAGGUCUUGGAAAGAUUAGAAAAAUCCUGAAAAGACUCUUGCUCAUGACCUUUUGAAGUCCAGUUAUGGUAGCUUUUCUGAAUUUUUGCCCAUACACGUAUCAUAGACGUGUUAGACAGAGAAAAAUAUUUUAUAAAAGUUUCAUCAAGUUUGGAACUAUGGUAAAGUAUACGUAUUGACUAUACUGAAUAUAAUCUUUUUAGAAAACUAUAAGUUGAGAAAGCAUGUGUAUUUUUUCCAAUGGAGAAAUUGUUCGAACAGCGUUUUUCAUACAGAAUAUUAGAGCUGAAGUUUUACGAUUUACUCCGUAGAUCUUUCUAUUUUCUUUGAAAAAAGAUACUUUCCUCUAAAAUAACAGAAGCCUGGUUUUUUUUAAGCCUAGAAUUUCUCCGAAUUCUAAAACAGCUAGAAUAACAUUUUAAAUCAGAAAGUUGGUCAUUGGUCAAAGUAUAUUAGAUAUUAUUCAAAUAAAAAAAAAAUAGCAUUGUCAUUUUUUUCACCAAAUGUCCACUAUGACGGUAACCAUCCUCUCAAUCUUGAAAAAUCUUUCAACUAUCCUUCUGAAUCAUUAACCUUCCUCCCAUCUCAGUCCUGGUGACUAAGGGAUGCCCAGGAUAGAUCAAAUGAUCCAUUGAAUAUCUCUGAAAGUUUCUGUCGAAAAGAAUAUUCUUCUGGCGAGAUACUGAAUUUCGAACUAAUAAUUCUUAUGGGCGCAAUAUAAACUCAAAUUGCAAGUUACAAUUUAGGUAGUUCCGUCAUGAGUGAAUUGUAUUUUUUUUUCUCUUUUCUAUACUAGUAGUGGUCGAAAAUAAAGAAAUAAACAAUGAACUUGUCGAACAAGUCAACGAAUUAUUUCAAGAAUUGUCGUCAAAUAUAAACAAUUCCAGUAAAAUACAUUCAAUCUCGGGAAUUUUUCUCAAAUUAAAUGAUAUUUGUCAUAAUUUGAUCACUCAAAACAAUUAUACUGCCUUACUUGCUUUUGAUAUUUUCAAUAUAUUCUUAAAACAUUAUAUUAAAUUACUUGAUAUUGAUCAAUUUGUCGAUGCAAUUCAGCAUCAUAGUUUAAAAGAAAAUACUGAUUUACUUCGAAAAUUUUUUCAUAUCAAACGUCAUUAUGAUCUACAGACAUUAAUUGAACAAAUGACCAUUAAAACUCAACGAAAAAUAUUUUUCUCUUUAUUAAAUGAACUUAAUUCAUCAACACGACUUAUUUCAUAUCUUCAAAAUACUAUGUCAAAUGAUAAAGAUACUGAUUAUGUACUAAUUAAUAAUUGUAGUUUUUUAUUAUAUGCAAUUUUUCAAAUUUUAAAUGAUUUACGAGUUAAACUCAUAGAUAAUGAUUUAGAAACAUAUCAAAAUACUCUUUUAACUCUAUUUAUUACUUUUAUAAAUGAAUAUUUCAUUAAAAAAGAACAUUUAAGAGUAAAUGAAAAACAAAAUGAUAUAUUAAUUAAAGAAAUAUUAUAUUUUAUUUGGAAUAUAACUGAUAAAACAUUAACAAUACCAAUAUUUAUUAAUAUAAAUUGUCCACAAAUAUGUUUACAAUGGUUAUCAUUAUCAUAUUUAAAUAGUUAUGAAUAUAAAUGUAUUAUUGGUAUUUUAAAUAAUAUUGGACGUCAUGAUAAUGGUGGAAUUAUUCUUAAUAAAUUUGACUGUGCUAAAAUCGUACGUCAAUUCAAAAAUGAAGUAUUAAAUAUAAAUAUUGAUUUUAUUAUUAAUAAAGAUAUACGUUCAGUAAUUUCUCUACUGUUGGAUUUAAUUCUUAUCUUAGUUGUCGAUCCAGAUGAACUUUAUGCUGAUGAAAUCAAUAAUGGUACAAUCAAUCAAGUAUUAUCAAUAAUUAAAAACAUCUCAAAAUCUACUGAAUUUCAAUAUAAAGGAUGUCAUAUAUCAGAGUUAUUAAUUGCUUUAAUGAAAUUAUGUACGAAUGAUAAUAUUAUUGAUUAUAUUCUUCAACAAAAUCAAUGUCAAACAUUAUUUUUAACAACUUUAAAAAUUUUUUUAUUCAACAUAGAAAACAAAAACAUCGAUGAUGAUAAUCUUAAUUCAUAUGUUCUAGCAAUUAUGGCUUUAGCAAAUAUUAUCUGGAGUAUAUCAUUUCAUGAUCGAUAUAAAAAUGAAUUAAUUCAAAAUAUAAAUAUACUUAAAAAACUUGAAAUAUUUCGUGAAAAUGAUACAAUCAAUUAUGUUUUACCACAGAUUUACAUAUCUCAUCAUAUGUCAUCAUUAAGAAGAACAAUUGAUGGAAUUUGGCACAAUUUAUAUCCAUUAUUACCAAUAAAAUUAGAAAAUAAAUCUAAUAAUAAUAGACAAAUGACUUAUUCACUAAUGAUUAGUUAUUCUCAUGUUAAUAUUAAUUUUUGUCAACAAUUAUAUGAUAUAUUAAGUACAAUACCUAAAUUAUCUAUAAGUAUUGAUAUUAAUACUGGUAAAUAUUUAUGGAAAGAAAUAUCACAAACUAUUGAACAAUCUGAUCUUGUUCUUUUUCUUCUAUCAAAAGAUUUUUUCUAUGAUAAAUCAUGUCGUCAAGAAUUAAUUUAUGUUACAGAUACAUUAAAAAAACUUUUUUUUCCAAUUUUUAUUGAUCAAGAUUUUAAGCCAACUGAUUGGCUUCAUAAACGAAUAGCUCGAUUAAAAUCUAUUCGUUUUAGUGAUAUAGAUUUUAUGAAUACUUGUGAAGAAUUAUUAUCAAUGAUUAAUGAACAUCUUUACAUGAAUAUAUCUUUAGUAAGAAAUUCAUUAGAUAUUAAACAAUGGAAUGAUCAUGAAGUUAAACAAUGGUUUAUUAAAAAUCAUAUUCUACCUGAAUUAUAUGAAUUUUAUCAAUUUCGAAAUGGAAAUGAAUUAUUAUUAUAUGCUCAAGCAACAUUAGCAUUUCCAUGGAUAAAUGAAUAUGAAAGAAUAAGAUUAAGAUUUGGAGAAAAAUUUCAACAACAAAAACAAAAUCUUUCUCGAGAUCAAUUUUUACAAUUAAUUAAUGCAUUAGAACGUUUACAAAAACAAACUUAUUUCAAUUAA